AUGCGAAGAACAAUAUCGCCUGACUGCUUACCUCCUGAAGAAAGUUCGGACAGUGUAAAUCGGGAGAUUGACGGAUAUCGACGGAUGAGCGCUGAAUGUGAGGGAGGAAGCACAGUUUACCAAGGGUGUUACUUGAGGAGGAGCAAUGCUGACAGACAGGUUAUCCAGAGGCGUGCAUUUGCAAAGAGUCGCCGCUUGGCUAUGCGCGGGCCCGCCUACAUGUUCAGUGCUCGUUACAAUAGCUUGACUCCUGUCGAAGAGCGUUUCCUCGAGGCAGCCGAGUAUGGAAACAUCCCAGUUGUCCGUAAGAUGCUGGAAGAGCUGCCUGAACUUAAUGUUAACUGUGUGGACUACAUGGGCCAGAAUGCUUUACAGCUGGCAGUGACAAAUGAGCACCUAGAGGUGACAGAGCUCUUGCUGAAGAAGGAGAACCUGGCCAGGAUAGGAGAUGCACUUCUUCUGGCUAUCAGCAAAGGCUACAUCCGUAUAGUGGAAGCCAUCCUGUCCCAUCAGGCCUUUGCUGAAACUUCGAAGCUCACCAGCAGCCCUCUCCAAGCAGAAACGAAUGACGACUUAUUCGCCUAUGACGAGGACGGCACACGGUUCUCACAUGACAUUACACCCAUCAUCCUGGCCUCUCACUGCCAUGAGUACGAGAUUGUACACAUCCUGUUGCGGAAAGGUGCCCGAAUUGAGCGGCCACAUGACUACUUCUGCAAGUGCAAUGCCUGUGUGUACCACCAGAGGCAUGACUCAUUCAGUCACUCGCGGUCCAGGAUCAAUGCCUACAAAGGCUUGGCCAGUCCCGCAUACCUAUCCCUCUCCAGUGAAGACCCUGUGCUGACUGCCCUGGAAUUAAGCAAUGAGCUAGCAGUGCUGGCCAAUAUAGAAAAGGAAUUCAAGAAUGAUUACAGGGAACUUUCUACGCAGUGCAAGGACUUUGUGGUUGGGCUUUUGGACUUGUGUCGGAACACAGAAGAGGUGGAGGCCAUCUUGAGCGGAGACACAGAAAUAAAUGACAGCUUUGACCCCACAGGCAGACCAAGUCUCAUUCGAUUAAAACUGGCCAUCAAAUAUGAGCUUAAAAAGUUUGUAGCGCAUCCAAACUGCCAGCAGCAGCUCUUGUCCAUUUGGUACGAGAAUCUGUCGGGACUCAGGCAGCAGACUACGGCCGUAAAGUUGCUAGUGGUGUUUGGGGUGGCGGUGGGGCUGCCAGCUCUGGCCAUGCUGUACUGGAUUGCACCCUCGAGCAAGUUAGGGAAGAUCCUCCGUGGUCCUUUCCUGAAAUUUGUGGCCCAUGCAGCUUCGUUCACCAUCUUUCUGGGUCUCCUGAUCGUGAACGCAGCAGACCGGUUUGAGGGGACCACUCUUCUCCCCAACAUGACUGUCCAUGACCACCCCACCCAGUUGUUCCGAAUGAAGACCACCCCUUUCACCUGGAUGGAGAUGCUAAUAAUUUCCUGGGUCAUAGGAAUGAUCUGGGCUGAAUGCAAAGAAAUCUGGUCUCAAGGCCCUCGGGAAUACCUGUUAGAACCUUGGAAUCUGCUGGACUUUGGAAUGCUGGCAAUAUUUGUGACGUCGUUCAUAGCAAGAUUCAUGGCUUUCUGGCAUGCCUACGUCGCACAGUGCUAUGUUAAUGAGCACUACACAGACCUGUCAAACAUAACGCUUCCCUUCGAGAUUGAGUAUUACCGCCUGGCACGUGUUUACUGGGUGCCCUCUGACCCCCAGCUGAUAUCAGAGGGUCUCUAUGCCAUCGCUGUGGUGUUAAGCUUCUCUAGAAUCGCUUAUAUCCUGCCAGCCAAUGAGAGCUUUGGACCCCUGCAGAUCUCUCUGGGCAGGACUGUUAAAGACAUAUUCAAGUUUAUGGUGAUCUUCAUCAUGGUGUUUGUGGCUUUCAUGAUCGGCAUGUUCAAUCUCUACUCCUACUACCUUGGAGCGAAGCAGAACAAUGCCUUCACAACCGUUGAAGAGAGCUUUAAAACAUUAUUCUGGGCUAUUUUUGGACUAUCUGAGGUCAAGUCAGUCGUCAUUAACAAUGGACAUAAAUUCAUUGAAAACAUUGGCUAUGUCCUUUAUGGCGUUUACAACGUUACUGUGGUUAUCGUUCUGCUCAACAUGCUUAUUGCCAUGAUCAACAGCUCAUUUCAGGAAAUUGAGGAUGAUGCAGAUGUGGAGUGGAAAUUUGCCAGGGCCAAGUUGUGGUUCUCCUAUUUUGAGGAAGGAGGAACUUUGCCUGUUCCUUUUAACCUCAUCCCCAGUCCCAAGUUCAUGAUCAGGCUGGCCCUGUUGACGAAGCAGCUCCUGCUGUCACCUCUGCAUAAACACAAGGCUGACCUGAAUGAUGACACAGAGCUCAAUGAACUAGGUAACCAAAAAGAUUCAAAUUACAGAGGAUCACCUCAAUCAAGUCAUUAUCCGAGAAUUAUGAAACGACUCAUCAAAAGAUACAUCAUUAAAGCCCAAAUGGACAAAGAGUGUGAUGAGGUGAAUGAAGGGGAACUGAGAGAGAUAAAACAGGACAUCUCAAGUUUACGUUAUGAACUCUUGGAGGAUAAAUCCUGUGAGACAGAACAGCUGGCAGAGCUGAUCAGGAGACUGGGACAAACACUCAGCAGACAGCACAAGCACUAGUCUCCAACUCCCACACAACGGCCCAGUGGAUGAAGAAAUGCUGCCACCAACUGGCCAGUCUGUGG